GACCCUGGUGGAGGGAGGGGACGCGCGGUCGCUGGGCCGCCGCCAUUUUCUGAGGCAACGCCGAAGCGGAGCGUCGGGGUAGGCUUUCGCUGUCACUAGGUUUAUCGUUCCGUCCCGUCCUCCUUCCCCCGAGGGCCGCCAUGGGGAACACCGCCAGCGAGCGGCUGUCCGGCGAGCGCCACGGCUCCAAAUGGCACCGCGGCGAGGGGGCCGCCGCCGCCCACGGCCCCGCCAAGGACCAGCCGCACAAGAUCAUGGUGGGCAGCGCCGACGACCCCAGCCUCUUCAGCCUCUCAGACUCCAAGACUCAGCUCCCCGGGGACCGGGACUUCGUGUCCUGGCCGCAAGACUUGGAGGAAUCCGUGAGGCCACUGCAGCAGGCUCGCCCUACCGUCAUCCGUUGGUCCGAGGGCGGCAGGGAGGUCUUCAUCUCUGGCUCCUUCAACAACUGGAGCGCCAAGAUCCCUCUGAUCAAGAGCCACAACGACUUUGUGGCCAUCCUGGACCUUCCCGAGGGGGAGCACCAGUACAAGUUCUUUGUGGAUGGCCAGUGGGUCCACGACCCGUCGGAGCCCAUGGUCACCAGCCAGCUCGGUACCAUUAACAAUUGGAUCCAGGUCAAGAAGUCGGAUUUCGAGGUGUUUGAUGCUCUGAAGCUGGACUCUCUGGAGAGCUCAGAGACUUCUUGCAGAGACCUGUCCGGCUCCCCGCCUGGCUUGUACGGCCAGGAAAUGUACGUGUUUCGAUCCGAGGAACGGUCCAGGGCUCCACCCAUCCUCCCUCCUCACCUUCUCCAGAUUAUUCUGAACAAGGACACUAACAUCUCUUGUGACCCGGCCCUUCUCCCCGAACCCAACCACGUCAUGCUCAACCACCUGUACGCCCUGUCCAUCAAGGAUAGUGUGAUGGUCCUCAGCGCCACUCACCGCUACAAGAAAAAGUAUGUCACCACCCUGCUGUACAAGCCCAUCUGAGCCCCCUCGAGCCGAUCGGCCGGCCGGGCCGCAGCCCCACGCCCGGAGCCUAGUGUGGCUGGGAGGCUGCCGUGUGCAUUUGUGGCCCCGUUUGCGCGCCUGGGCCCGAGGAGAGUUUGGUGCUUUUUGUCCCGUGGACGAGGACGCGGGGAGAGGUCAGCCCAAGCUGCUGCCCGAGGGCCCGGAGGGAGUGAGCAGGACCCGAGGGGGCUGGACCGACCGGCUCUCCACCUGCCUGAGCCGGUGAGCCUGCCGGACCCCCGCAGCCCCGCCCCGGUUCCUCCCCGGGACUGAAGUGACCACUCCAAUCAGACCGACGGCCUCUUGGUAUCCUCAGCAACAGCAUCCUGUUACCUUUCCCUGCCCUGGCCGCCGCUGCCUUGCCGAAGCUGCGGCGGGGUUCUCCCCAGAGACCCUGUGGAGCCCCCACACCUCCUCUUACUCUCCCUCCUGCCCCCUCCCCUGGUCCAGAUGCGGACUGGGACCUGGGACCACCCACCCAAGUCCAAACGAUCGCUACCUGGGGCGGGAUGGAUAACGGACUAUUGCCAGGGAAACUACACCCAGCCAGUCCCACUGGGUCAUCCGCCCCACCUCAUCUGGGUCACCACUUGGAUCUGUUGUGCGAUAGCGUACGCCUGCAAGUGCUUGUGUGGACUUGGGCCGUGGGUGCGGCAUGGUCGGUCAGCCAGCGAGCCAGUCCAGGGGCAUUGAGCCGGCCGGGUCUCGGUGCCCACCACCAGCGGGACCCCACCUGGUGCCCGCAAUCUUGCUGCCGCCCGGCGGGUUUGUCCCUCCCCCGCCGAGGACGGAUGGGCCAACUCUGCCUCUGGGGCCAGAGGCCGGGAGACGUCCAUCCCAGUGGCACUUGAUCCCCAGGGUCGCUUCUCCCUUCCUCCCUGGGGCUAAUGUACCCCUCCAUCCCCGACCCCUCUCCCCACUACAAGGGAAGCCGCACUGUUGGGGACGAGGCCUCUACCCGCUGAGGAGAUAGCAGGCCCGAGGAGCCGGGGGGCGAGACCUACCCCUCCCCUGCAGAGCUUGUCGUGGUCCUCUUCCCCCACAGCCUACUGCUGAUGCCCUCUUGGGGUGAGGAGCCUUUGCUGGGCUGCGAACAGUAAUGCUGUGUGUCUUGAAUAAAAGGCUACCCCUGAGUUGCCUCUCUGCACUCAUAA